CUUUGGCGCCCAACCGGCACCGGUCCAACCAUCGCCCAUGCAUCGUGCCCAGGGUCGCUUCACUCCAAUCAUUGGCGGCCAUGUUGGCGAUCGGUGAUAUUUUGGUCGUUUCGCAUCGGUUUCCCGGCAGCCGCGAGUGGCUGGGCCGAGGAGGCUGGGAGAUGCGAAUGGCUACACAACCCAACCACCUCAGUAGGGUCACCGACAUGGGGAGUAGCCCCCCAUCUGGCAUCUGACGUGACAGGCACUUAUCUAAUAUCUUUCCCACAAUUUCUAGUGCCUGCGUCCUGGGAAUGUUCAUCGGACAUCUGUUUCUGCAAGUUUGCAGCUCUCCACAUUCCUUGCUCGGUUGCUCUCAACCGUCAUGCUUGCUCCUGGCUCUACGAACGUCAGCCUGAGAACCGUAAGCUCAAGCAGACCCCAACUGCAGCGCACCGAGUCCCAGCAGUCUGCCGCCGCUUCCGACGACUACUACUCCUUCUCCGAUCGUACUUCAAGCUCCAGGUCUCCCAGCGGUGGCAGCCGAGCGACGGUUGUGCGGUAUGCGACACCCAAUUCUCACCCUGCGUCCCGUACUUCGUCUCCUGCCAUUUCUCGAACGCACCUAGCGGCCCCGCCCAUGGCUUCGCGAUCCGAUCAAUCGGUCGGCAUUUCCAACCAGAGCAGGAAUGCGCCUUCGCCUGCCUCCAGCGCAAUGCGUCAGGUUCAGAAUAGACCGAUCCAUGCCAGUCCCAUGUCCAACAGCUCCAGUCGUCAGAUGCCCCGCGACAGCUACGCCGGUCCCCCACCCACGCCGGGGCUGGACGAUUCCCCGUACAUCCACUUUGCGAUCGGCCAGCUCACGCGUGAUCAAGAGGUUCGCGGCUUGAGUAGACACGACUCAAUUGCAAGUGAAGAUUUACCACCGGCCGAGCGACUCGUCUGGGACGAUAGGCUUGGAUGUUUUGUUCGCCCGUCUGAACCAGAGAAGUCUUCGCCCGCACAGCGUCCUAGCCCCCGUUCUAGCCCUAGACAGCAGCCUCCCAGCCCGCAACAUUCGUCGCCCAAACCGACACGAGACACCAUACUACCGCCGAACUCGGUGGAUCCGGAAACAUAUGCUGCGGUAGACCCUCCCGAAGACAGUCUACUGUACCCGCCACUUGAUUACGUACCGAUCGUUUUAAGGCCAUGGGCUUUAUCAGCGAUUAUCAUCUGCUGCUUGCUCAUGAUCGCCGGUAUUGCGUUUUGCAAUGCAUGGGCUCAGAAACACCAAGGCCUGUGGAACUACAAUGGCCAGGGAGGAGGGAGAUACUUUGUCGUACAGUUCCUUCCCCAGAUUCUUGCGGCCAUCAUCACGAUCUGGACGUUUGCCAUCCAGGCGGCGCUGUAUCGCACCAUGCCGUUUGCCAUCAUGGGAUCGGAAAGGCCUCUUGGUCACGUCCUGCAGAAGCUGUCGACUAUACCCCGAAACUUCCUUCUUCCCGAUCUGUCGCAUUUUCGUCACGGUGAACCACUCGUCGGAUUCGCCCUGCUCACAGUCUGGCUUUCAAACAUUAUCACGAUACCACUGCUGAGUUGCUUCUUCCAAGCCAAAUGGUAUGUGAUUGAUGGCGAAGGAGUGUGGCGGUGGACUUCUGUCAUGAGCGUUGGCUGGACUCUUAUCGCGGUAUACGGCCUGUUGGUUGUUGGAUUGUUACUACUGACAUUCCGUUUCCUCAACACCUGGUCUGGCUUGAUGUGGGACCCGGUCUGCCUGGCAGAUUUGAUCUCAAUCAUCCAGCGAUCCAAUGUUCUACGCGAUUUUGAGCAGUCCGAAACGGUGCCUAACGUGGGCGAAACCCUCGAUCCUCGGGUGCUUAGGCUGGGGUACUGGCAGCUACCACACCACGAGGAGGUUUUCUACGGCGUCGGUGAAGUUGACGCACCAAUCGGGAACCCCUCAUUGCAUCUCAUCGAAAAGAAUCGCGCAAAACAAUACCAGGGCCUUUCGAAAGUCUCGUUCGAUCUGGAACAGCAGACCACAAUGGGAAAAGGCGAGUUCGACGAGAACCUGUUCUCGCCAUCCGUUCGCUAUCGCUGGACCCCCUGGUUCCUUCGAGGCACCUUCAUCCUGGCGUGGACAGUAACCAUCUGCGCUCUCUUCAUCGCGUUCGUGCUUGUGAGCUUUAUUCAUGAUGCGAUUAAAGGCGGGUUUCCGCCCCGACUGCCGACCCUCCCGUCGACGGGCGCGUUCUCUUCAUCCAACUUCUUGUACAGCUUUAUCCCUGCCCUGAUUGGGAACGUUCUAUUCCUGGCAUGGCAACCUAUCGACGUCUACUUCCGCGCCUUGCAGCCUUUUGUCGGUCUGUCCCGCCCAGAAGGUGCAUCCGCAGAGCAGAGUCUGUUGCUCGCUUAUUCGUCCUGUCUCCCUUUCCAGGUGACCGUCAUGGCAGUCCUGAACAAGCACUACAAGGUCGCAUGGAUCUCGUUCAUGGCGGUCGCCUCUGCAGCCAUUCCCAUCCUUGCCGGGGGCGUGUUCCUGGCAAUGUGGUACCCUUCACAUGAAGAGAUCCGCAUUGCCGCCUUGAUGCCCGCGUUUUAUGCGCUUGUCGUCUUCUGCGGACUGUACACUAUCUCCUUUUUCGCCAUUUGGCCGCGUCGCUGCCGGUAUCUACCCCACGACAUUAGCACCCUCGCCGAUCAGAUGAGCUUUCUCUACCAGAGCCCACUGCUUGCGGAUAAACUCCUGCGCGAACCGAGAAGCAAAGCCGAUCUCGUCACUCGACUGGUUAUCGCACCGCCUGGAGACCGAGAAUUCCCGACCUACGGAUUCGGUAUCUUUGUCGGGCGUGAUGGCAAGGAGCAUCUGGGCAUUGAUCGCUUUCAUCGACCUGGCCGAGCGGAUAUGUUGAUAACCACUGGGUCGAUGAAGUAGCUGUCACCUUUAACGAUCGACAGACAUUUGUGAUUUAUUGUUUUUUAUGGGUUUUAUGAGCAUGAGAUGGACGUUUACGAUUAUUCCCCCCUUUUCUUUUGAUGUGACGAAUGACUACGCUGAUAAUAUGAUAAUGUGAUAUGAGGGCGAUGUACUUGAGAUGCUUGAUGUUUUUUUCUUCUUUUUUUUUAUGAUUCCCUUUCGAUUACGAUGAAAGUUGCCCAUCUCAAGCAUGGAGUUCCGGCGUCAAUUUCGGUCGAACAGCAUGUAUCAAUGAUUCCAACACUGUACAGGUGUUUAUUCCCCUAUGCUAUAAAACUUAGAUAUGAAUGACUACAAUGAACGCGCAAGCGAUC